GGGCUUUGGGUCCUGGAAGGAAAAGAAUGGCGGUGCUCUCGUCACCCAGUCGCUCGGGAUGCGAAGGGUUAACGCAGGUGGCCGCGCAGAAGCCCCCCAGUACCGCUAGAGGGACCAUUCUACGCAGCGCCGCCGGGCGGCUUCGCGGUCACGUGGGGCGAGGGCGGGACCAAGCAAGAAGCCAGCCAAUAGGCUGUGCUGUCGAUGGGCUUGAUAGCCAAUAGGAGCAGGGAAAGAGGUCCCGGGACUAGGAAGAAACAGCGGCUGGGAGGGGGCUACUGGGACAUGGGGCUUCUGACCAUUCUGAAGAAGAUGAAGCAGAAAGAGCGAGAGCUGCGACUGCUAAUGCUCGGCCUGGACAAUGCUGGCAAAACAACCAUCCUCAAGAAGUUCAACGGGGAAGACAUUGACACCAUCUCCCCGACGCUGGGCUUUAACAUCAAGACCCUGGAGCACCGAGGAUUCAAGCUGAACAUCUGGGAUGUGGGCGGCCAGAAGUCCCUGCGGUCCUACUGGCGGAACUACUUUGAGAGCACGGACGGCCUCAUCUGGGUGGUGGACAGCGCCGACCGCCAGCGCAUGCAGGACUGUCAGCGGGAGCUCCAGAGCCUGCUGGUGGAGGAGCGCCUGGCUGGUGCCACCCUCCUCAUCUUUGCCAACAAGCAGGACCUGCCCGGAGCACUGUCCUCUAAGGCAAUUCGCGAGGCCCUGGAGCUGGACUCCAUCCGCAGCCACCACUGGUGCAUCCAGGGCUGCAGUGCCGUCACCGGGGAGAACCUGUUACCUGGCAUCGACUGGCUCCUGGAUGACAUCUCCAGCCGCAUCUUCAUGGCUGACUGAGCCACUCCAGAUGCCCCCUCACCUCACGGUCCAGGCGCCCCCACCAGGCCCUCGCCAGGCACCAUCCACAAGGGCAUGGGAGUCAGCCAGCCCCACUAACACCCCUACCCCACUCCAUAACCUGCUGCUGCUACUGCUGCCCACUGCUGCUCCGGGGCCAGCCGGCUCCCGCCCUGGCUGUCACCCUGGCUCCUAACUUGGCCUGUGGCAGCAGCAACUGUACCAAGAAGAGAGGGCUGGGGCUGGGAGGAGGAUGCGUCUGCUGCUGUCGAGGCUGUGGGCCUCGUCAUUUGCUCAGCUGUGAGAAUAAAGUGUUCCUCGCCCCCA